UCCAAGAUGGCAGCUAAACUGAACCAUCACUUUUCACGCGUAUUUACUUUCCCUUUUAUAACGAGAGCUGAAGGCGUUUCAUGUUACAGAUUUUCUACUUCAGCUAAAAAAAUAACGUAUCAAAAAGCAGGCAAGGACGAACCAGUUGCGUUUUCCAAAUCCAAGGCAAAAUUUCACACAGUUGAUGACACUUUGGGAAUUAGCAGAACAAAGAAGUCCAACUUUCCUUUAUACCUUGGUCUAACGUUAUUCAGCGUUAUAAUCUACUUUGGUUUUAUUAGAAAAGAACCCUACUCAAGCCCAGAAUCAUUAGASGAACUGUUAGAGAGAAUAAGAAUUUCACAUGAAGAGAAACAAAAAAGCAAAACAGAGAAAAUGAAUGAAACAAAUGAUGAAGAACCUAACUAGAUAAGCCCUAGAUAAAUCCUCAAGAUUUCUACUAGUUCUUCAAAUAUUUUUGAUCUUUUGCAGAAACCACAUUAUGACUUGAUGUAAAUUUAAACUUGAAUUAUAUUUUGUUUGGAUUGGCAAAUGACCCGGGUGGGGUACUCCCUUUGUUCAGGUGGUAGGGGUGAUCGGCGGUUGAUUUUUAAAAUGGCCCCUAAAAGGUACGCAUAAAUUAAAAAGGCUCUUAAAACCAACCUGGUUUCAAACCCUAAGAAGUACAGCUUUAUUUCAGUAAUUUACUAUUAACCCYGGCUAUCAACGCCGGCUUAMCGAAUGACAGGACAGCGUAUAAUAAGAUUAUAACGAUGAUCAUAUUAAAGAAAUAUUUAGUGCAUCAUUGUAAAGUAAACAGCGGCAUAGCAUGGAUARUGCGCAUAAUAAAUGACCCCAAAAGGUACGAAGUUAUGUUAGGUAAUUGACUUUUGAGUCGGAACCCCUAAAAGGUCCACGCAGGGAACAUUUUCAACCCUAAAAAGAGCGCCAAUCACCCCUACCACCUGAACAAAGGGAGUACCCCCAUCCCCCCCGGGGCAAAUGACUAACGGUUAGUGGRGAUAUGUCGAAUACAGCGCUACCAAAGUCCAAAGAUUUUGGACUGCCUCGCCCAGUUUUGGGGCUGGUGACCUAAAUCUCCCAGAUAAUGGCCAUCAUUAAAUCUUUGAUCAAUGGUUGCAAGUCUUGCAAGAAAUUGACUYGCCUUAAUAGUACAGAUGCAAUGUCUUUUCUUUUGGUUCCACGAUUUUUUGAAACUGAAAAUCCUGAUACCACCUUUGGAAUUAAAAUGUGUACUAACUGCAUUCUUUCUGUAUGUUCUCCAAUCUCUUAUCAGGGAACUCUUAUUCAUGGUCUAUGCUGGAAAGACAUAUAUUUUCUCAAAUCAAAAAAAAAAUUUUUUUUGCUUAUAAGAGGGUCCUGAAGGUGGGGGAUUCUAAUCCUAUUUAACAGCCCUAAAUUUUGCAAAAUCCCUSUCUCAUUCAAAAAUUUCAGUGGGCCAGCACCAUUAUGAAAUAUGCUAUUGUGGUGUAUUUUCUAAAUAAUAAUCAACUACACUAAACCAU